AUGUCAAAUAUAACGAUAAGAUCUAUAAAAACAUUAUUUAUUAUACUAUUGCUAUUGAUAUGUAGUUAUCAAGUCUACAAAAUAUGUUAUCUAUACCUAUCCUACUGUACGACUACAUCGGUAACCUAUGACCAACUGUCCGAUCUAUCCCUACCGGGUAUUACACUAUGUUUUGACAAACAGUGGAUCUUAAGAGAUGAUUACAAACAACAAAUGCUAAAACAAUAUAACGCUUCAGUAAACAGUACUGAUUGGAAACGACUGGUCAACUCCCUGUCCAUUGCCGGCCAAAUGAAUGUAUUGCUAUCCAUGGAUGAGAUAUUUGGCAAUUCGUGUCAUGUAUUGAAACCAUUGGCUUUUGCCAGUAGAUCAGGAUAUUACAUCCCAUGUCAUACUAUCACACCAGUCAUACAGCGUAUGGAUUACCAGAAUAUGUGUUUUACAUUUCUAUCGCAACUAUCAGACGAAACGGAUGAUCGUUAUGUCAUCCGCGAUGACCUCAUCUAUAAAGACCACUUUAACGAUCUGUUUCACGUUAGUAUUGCCGGCCAAAUCCCGUCGGUAAAUAUGAUUAUCCACUCGCGCUUCGAACAUAUGGUUAACACCGGUAAGAAACGAAUGCUAAAGUUUGCGAACCGUCCGAAGACUGUCCACUACACGGAAUACCAUCAAACAGUUGUACACUCACUGCCGGCGCCCUACGAGACCAACUGCUAUGACUAUACGUUGAUUGGUUACAAGUCUCGGCUGGACUGUAUCGAGAACUGUCGGGUAGAAUGGAUGGCCGACUAUGUAACGGGUUGGCCAGGAAACUAUAUGACCGACAAUUUGACCAGCGAUGCCCUGAUUGUCAAUAUGUAUGAAUUGUUUCACGAAAACUAUACAUUGGAUGCUGUCUUUGGCGAUCACUGUCGCCGAGAGUGCGGCACUUGUAUCGAGUGCUGUCUCGCCUAUUACGAUGUCUUUCAAUCGGAACACAACUGUGAGGACAUUAAUGAGUUUAUUGUUGUCCUCUCACCGCCCGAUUUGCGGACACUUAUCAUAACUCAUACGCCUAAGCUAUCGUUUGAAGAGUUUGUCUCAUUAAUCGGCAGUUUGGUUAGUCUAUGGUUUGGUGUGUCCGUAAUUAUGUUGACCAACUCGACGGUCGACUUGUUUGGCCAGUAUGUGGUCGAUAGAAUUUUCCGAUCAAAUCGGUCAAUGCCGACACCAAAUGAUGAUAAAUAUGAUGAUUAUUGGAGACAAUUAUAUGGCAAAUAUGGUGGAGACAAAUGUAAUAGUGUUUCAAUGAGAAGAAAAUGGUCGACAAUUAUUAGGGACAACCGUUUGUAUCAAAAUGAUUAUCGUUACAAAUAUUAA